GGAGAGGGAGAAGAAGGAAAGACAGGAGAGGGAGGAGAAAGAGAAGCGGAAGAUGGAAGAGAAGGCAGAAAGCAAAGACUCAGCUCCAAAAAAGGACCUCCUGGCAAAGCUGAAAAUGUGGUUCCUCCAACACCAGAAGGAGCAAGUCAGCAAAGCCAUCAGCAGGACCUACAAGAAGGAGGCUGCUGCUGAUGUUGGAGGUGACAAUCCUGAAAUGGAGAUGAGACAAUGGAGGCAACAAGCUAAGAGGAGGAAGCUGCUGCAGAAAGAACAAAAGAUUGAUGAGAGAAUCAGAAAGAAGAUGGAGAAGGAGGAGAGAGAAAGACAGAGGAGGCAGAAGGAGAAACGGGGUCAGGAGUGUGAUGCAGAGGAGCAGAACAGAGAGAGUGAGGAACAUAAAGGAGAGGAGGUGGUGGAGGUCAGAGGAAGUGAAGAAAGUGAUGAAGAGGAGGUGGUAGAGUACAGAGACAGUGAGGAAAGCGAUGAGGAAGUGGUGGAGUACAGAGGAAGUGAGGAAAGUGAUGAGGAGGAGGUGGAGGAAAGAGACAGUGAGGAAAGUGAUGAAGAGGAGGAGGUGGACAACAAAGACGAUGAAGGAGAGGAGGAGGGGGCAGAAAGCAAAGACUCAGUUCCAAAGAAGGGCGUCCUGGCAAAGCUGAAAAUGUGGUUCCUCCAACACCAGAAGGAGCAAGUCAGCAAAGCCAUCAGCAGGACCUACAAGAAGGAGGCGGCUGCUGAUGUUGGAGGUGACAAUCCUGAAAUGGAGAUGAGACAAUGGAGGCAACAAGCUAAGAGGAGGAAGCUGCUGCAGAAAGAACAAAAGAUUGAUGAGAGAAUCAGAAAGAAGAUGGAGAAGAAGAGAAAAAAGAAAAAUGAAGAGGAAGGAGACAAAAGGGAACCUGGUCUGUUUUUCAAAGCUGUUACUGCGUUCGCUAGCGGGUAUGGUGACUUGAACAUGGUUGUUCUGUAAAGCCCAAAUUAUACUUGCAGUUUACAUCUCUAUGUGGUUUGUAUAGAGAUGUAAAUGCAAGUAUAAUUUGUGCUUUCAUGUAAAAUUAAAAAAAAUAAAAAAAGAGGAGAAAAGUAGAAUAAGUAGUAAUACUUCAAAUGGUUACUGUAAUACAAAAUUAAGUAAUUUGUCCUCCAAUGAGAGGGGUGGACGAGAGUUUAAAUUUAAAAAGAGAAAUGACAAGCAUGUAAAAUAACUAGGUAAAACACACUUAAACUAACAACCUUGAAUUUAAUAAAUGAUUUAGAAAAUAAAUAGUUUAAAAUUCAGAUUAGAGUAGAAAGAGGAGAGUUAGAGGAGAAAAGUAGAAUAUUUCAAAUGAUCAUUGUAAUAGAGGAUAAGUCCCUUGAAAUGCACCAUCUCGUUUUCAAGGGGGUCUUCAAAAUUAAUUAACAUAAUUACAUCUAAUAUAUAUUAUAGUAUAGAAAAUAAUAUAAUAUAAACUGAUAUAAUCUAAUCUUAUAACAUCAAAUAAAUUAUUUAGAAAAUAAUUAUAAAUAAUUUCAACAUCAGAUUUGAGUGGUUAGAGGUUCAAAUUAUCAUUGUUAUACAGAAUCAAGUAAUUUGUCCUCCAAUGAGGGGGGUGGAGGUGGGUUAAAUUUGAAUAAAGAGAGAAAUGACAAGCAUGUAAAAUAACUAGUUAAAAAACACUUAAACUAAAAAAAACCAAAAAAAACCCCUGUAAAUCUGAUAAAUGAUUUAGAAAAUAAAAUAAUUUCACAUUCAGACAAGAGAAGUUAGAGGAGAAAAGUAGUAAUACUUCAAAUAAUACAGAAUAAAGUCAUUUGUCCUCCGAUGAGGGGGGUGGAGGUGGGUUUAAAUUUAUUAAUAUAAUUCAAUCUAAUUAAGUAAUGUUACACGAGAGGGUGUGCUUUACCGUCAUUGUUGGCACGACAGUGAUGCGGUCAGGAACGAGGCACUUCCGUAAGCAUCACUGAAGCACCACCUAACUUUUCUCCUCUCUUUGGAUGAAGGUAAAAAGCUUUAGCCUCUUUAGGAAUUUUAGAUAAGUUCUUUUCAAAUGAUGAAACUGGACAAAGUUCAUUUCCCGGGUCUUCAAACAGCCCCUCUUCUGCUUUGGCGAUCCCUUUCAUGAUGGUUUUUGUGUUUUUUUUGUUUCCUCGUUGAAGGUCAGUGUCACAUAUUUGGUACCUUAAGGUAGAAAUACAGAAUCAUUAGGCAAGUUUGACCAUGUUUCUGCAGAACAUCUAUUAUUAUUAUUUUAUUAUUAUGCUAUUAUGCAAGACUUUACAAGUCUUUCAGCCUCUUUGAUGUUGCGCUUUGAUUAACUCACCUGUUGAAUCUCGUUUUAUUAUGAUAGAUUGUGGUACAAGUUUCCUCAGACCCUCCUUUCCUCUCCUCCCAAAAUGUAGCUGGAUGUCGAACCACACUUUAUUCACCAGGCCCCGUGGUGUGUUUGGGUUCAUUGUCUCUGAGUUCCUCAGUAUUGUCAGGACCUUUUCAGAGAUUGCUGGAUGAUGUUCAGUUUUGUCCUGGCUUGCUCUCCUGAGAAACUUUAUGAGUCCACUAAAGACAUUAUUUGACGUAGUGAACUUAUUGUCUUGCAUGAUACACUGUGCCCGACUAAGAGGAGGGUUGUUCAUAAAGCAAUUAAUGCCAGCUCUCAACCCGACGUAGCUACUGAUGGAGUAGUACUGACCCUGGUUAUUUCUAAUUGAACCAUAAAAUUUGUGGAGAAUCCUGUUGAGAUCUUCUUUUGUAAUAGAUGCAAAAUCCACAGCUUGCUUAGUGUUUUCCAGAUAGUCCAGGAAACAUUUGACAGCCCAAGAAGUUGACCGGGACGUACUGGCUUCAUUCCUCGACUUCUCCAAUUGACUGAGGUCUUCAUUUGACAAUACCACAUAUCUCUCCUUUUUUCAUUUUGUUUUCUUCUCAUCCUCUUCCAGCCAUUCUUCAAAAUUAACCACAAAACGAUCCAUGUUGUAUCAAUGUUGGAAGCACCUGUUUUUUUAGCUCCAGCUUUGGCAGUUACAAUUUUACAGCAGUUACAAUGUUACCAGGAUGCGUCACAGUGUGGUGUGGCAUCAAAAAAAGAGAGAGAAAUGACAAGCAUGUAAAAUAACUAGUUAAAACACAUGUAAACUAAAAAAAUAAAAAUAAAUCUAAUAAAUGAUUUAGAAAAUAAAUGAUUUCACGUUCAGAUUCGAGUAGUUAGAGGAGAAAAGUAGAAUAUGAUAAAAAAUAAUUCAAAGUAAAGUAAUUUGUCCUCCCAUGAGGGGGUGAUGAUGAGUAAAAUAUUAUUUUUAAAGGAAUCAAAAGAAUAGUGUGUGUUUUCCAACACAAUCAAAUCAAAUGUACCACAACGAUUCAAAUCUUAUUUAAGCUGAUUUGAUUUAUUCCAAAAUAUUCUAAUAGUCUUAUUUCACACUCAUGUUUUACACAGAUAUAAAAGAUGUACGUAACACUUUCUUUGUGCUGUGAACUGGACAAUUCAAUUUAUAAAGUUGAACUAAGAUUUUAAAAAAUUGCUAAAAAUGAACAAAUGUCAUUGUUUGUUUUGACUUGUGUACUUGUUUGGCUCACUGAGACUCUCCAAUGGAACAAAGUGUUUUUCUUGUUAUAAAAUAUCAGCUGGG